AUGUCAGAAAACGAAGGACUUAACGAUCUCGAUGACACGCGAAUCCAGAAAAUUAAACCUCUCAUACCACCGCAAAUCUUGAUGGAAGAUUUGCCUCACACCGCGCGAGCAUCCGAAGUUGUUAAGAACGGUCGCAUUGGUGCUGAGGCAAUAAUAAAGGGUGAAGACGAUCGUCUGCUUGUUAUUGUGGGCCCUUGCUCGGUCCACGAUCCCAAAGCUGCACUAGAAUAUGCCGGUAAAUUAAAAGCUUACUCAGAUAGUGCACGCGACGAACUUUGCAUUAUCAUGCGUGUAUAUUUCGAGAAGCCAAGGACCACUAUUGGAUGGAAGGGAUUGAUCAAUGAUCCACACCUGAAUAACAGCUUCCAAAUUAAUCAAGGUUUACGGAUUGCACGUGGUCUUCUACGAGAUAUUAAUGAAUUAGGCGUUCCGUGUGGAUGCGAGUUCCUUGAUACUAUAACUCCACAGUAUAUUGCCGACUUUGUAUCGUGGGGCGCGAUCGGUGCUAGGACGACUGAAUCUCAGGUUCAUCGCGAAUUAGCAUCGGGAUUAUCUGUACCAGUUGGGUUCAAAAACGGCACCGACGGCAGCAUAUCUAUCGCUGCAGACGCUAUAAAAGCGGCUAACAAUGGGCAUCACUUCCUAUCUGUUACUAAACAAGGAUUGAGCGCAAUCGUAGAAACGAAAGGUAACGAUUGUUGCCAUGUUAUUUUGAGAGGAGGCGCCAAUGGUCCCAAUUAUUCAGCCGAACAUGUUAAAAGCGUUGCUGAAAAAAUGGAUGCAUCUAAAUUGCCCUCGAAAAUAAUGAUCGACUGUAGUCAUGGUAACAGCCAAAAGGUUUUCAGUCGCCAGGUUAAAGUGGCAGAAGACAUAGUUGAACAACUCAAAUCUUCGCCGACCGGAAAAAAUAUAAUUGGUGUAAUGAUUGAAAGUCAUUUGAUAGAGGGUCGACAAGAUCUUCCAACUGACGGACCGUCAACACUUGUUUAUGGGCAGUCGAUUACAGAUGCGUGCAUCAGUUGGGACACAACGGUGCAAGUCUUGAAUAACUUGCGAGAAGGUGUACGGGCUCGUCGCACUCGCAGUAAUUGA